AUGCCGCUCUUUAUUAAUAGAGACCAGAUUUUCGCCCAUCAAGUCCACCUUCUAGAGCACAAACUACGGAGUAAGGAGGAGCGAAUUCUGGAGUUGGAGACCGAGAACGCUCUCCUUCAUUUGAGGCUCGCUGAGUGUUUGGGUAAACUUCAUCAUCAGAGAGAAGUGGAAAUCCAUUUCCAGAGACAGAAACAUCAGCAGCAGAGAAAGGUGCAGAAGUCCACACAUGCAGCUCUCUCCAAACUUCUCUCUGAGGUCCAGAUACUGAAACAAGGCCUGAGGGAUGUUUUCUCGAUCUACGUGGGGUUUGCUAAAGAGCUGGAGGACCAAAGCAAACAGCUGUUUAAAUAUGUGGGCACUGCCAAAAAGCAGGAUCUCCAAACUGACGACCUUCAGAAGCUCCAGGUUCAGGUGACUACACUUGAGCGCUCCUUACUGGAAGAGAAGGAGAGGUGCAGAGAGGAACGGGUGAGGAGGAGGCUGCUCCACAACACGCUGGUUGAGCUGAGGGGGAAUAUCAGAGUUCACUGUAGGGUACGCCCAAUUCUGCACUUUGAUCAAACCCCAGGAUCACCCACAGCCAAAGGGUCUUCAUCAUGUGAUGCAGUGGUGCAGGCCAUCAGCGAUGACUCUGUUAUUGUGAACUGCACCAAACCCUCAAGUCCUAUAACAAACAAAAUAUUUGAGUUUGAAAGAGUUCAUGGUCCAGAAGACAAUCAGGAGACUGUGUUUAAGGAGGUGAAGCCCCUUCUGACCUCUCUACUUGAUGGGUAUAAUGUCUGUAUCAUGGCAUAUGGCCAGACGGGCAGUGGAAAAACACACACAAUGAUUGGCUCUCAGUGUGAGGAGGCCAGUGCUGCAGUGCAGGACUCUGAACUAGGCAUCAUCCCAAAAGCAGCCAAUGAGCUGUUCAAGCUGAUCUCUGAGAAGCCAUCAGGCAGUCAUACAGUGGAGAUGUCAGUGGUGGAGGUCUAUAAUAAUGAAGUUGUGGACCUGCUGGCCAGAGAUGAAGAUGGGGCGACGGUUGGGGUGAAGAGAGAGGUCAUUACCACCAGCACAGGCACCAGUGAGGUGCCCUGCCUCUCACAUGAGCUGGUGCGGAGCUCUGCAGAGGUGAUGCAGCUCAUCAGUUCUGUGCUGAAACUACGAUCUCACAGUCCCACGCUGGUUCACAUGGACUCCUCAAGAUCUCAUUUCAUCGUCACUCUGACUGUCACCUCCAAAAGCCCAGAUGCUCUGGCUGUAGCUCGUAGGCUUCAAAAUGCCAGACAGGACGUCCAGCGAGUGUCUCAGAAAGAGUGGUGGAGCCCGCGCUGCCGCAGGGCCGCCUCUUCACGCUCCUCUAGCCCCGCCUCCUCACCAUGCCACUCACCCUGUCACUCACCAUGCCCUUCUCCACGACCCAGCAUUACACAGGCGCCGCUCAAGACCAAACUGCAGCUGGUGGAUCUGGCUGGCAGCGAGUGUGUGGGGAUGUCAGGAGUGACGGGAGCUGCUCUGUGGGAAAGUUCAUGUAUAAACCGCAGUCUCUCAGCUCUGUCUGAUGUUCUGGGAGCUCUAGCUGAACGGAGGCCUCAUGUACCCUACCGAAACAGCAAACUAACACAUCUGCUACAGGACGCCAUAGGAGGAGAUGCCAAGCUCCUGAUAAUGCUGUGUGUGUCUCCCACUCAACGCUUUCUCACUGAAUCUCUUCAGUCCCUGGGGUUUGGUGCCAGAGCCAGACAGGUCCAAAGAGAGCCACCACGCAGGAAAAACACCGCUCUGAAGAUCAAGUGACCAGCUGGGAGACGCUAAACAUUGUCUAAAAGGAUUUGAGAUUUGAGCUUGUCCAGUUUUGUCCACUUCCAGAGAUCAUUGAUUAUUCUUUCAGCAGCAUUCUUUGUUAUUGUGUAAACAUUUGUUGUGUCAUGGUGGUUCAAUGUGUUCAGACCUCAUUCUUGAAGACGUGUUGUUGAAAGGCAUUAGCUAGCUAGAGUUCUAACUUUUAAGUCUAUAUUGUAUGUUUGGUUUUGGUAAAACAAUCAGCUGCUACUCUUUGUAUCAUAUUUUGAUUGUCUGUUUUUGCAUUCAUAAGAAAACACUGUGACCUUUUUUUUCCCCAAAAUAUUAGUUGAAUGUUCUCCCGGCAUUCGCGUGGGUUUCCUCCAGGUGCUCCGAUUUCCCCCACCGUCCAAAGACAUGCAGUACAGGUGAAUUGGGUAGGCUAAAUUGUUUGUAGUGUAUGAGUGUGAAU